AUCAUAUUUCCCUCUCCCUCCAUCUCCGUCAUCACGAUCCCUCCCUCCCUCUCCAUUUCGCUGGCAGGUCAAAGAGAGAGAAAGUAGAGAGAGAGAGUAAGGAGAGCACAGCGGAGCAGAAACCUUUCGUCUUCUUCCUCUCUGCAAGCAGAGCAGAAACCCCGUCCUCUUUCCCGGGCUCUGAAGCCAUUGCCUGCUCCUUGAAGCCUCCCCCACACUCUGCUGGUAACCCAGCAUUUAACACUGCAUUUACAUUCAAUACCUUCCUUCGCUUCCAAUCCACAUUGUGCGAGGAGUGGCGGCAAUAGCUGGAGAUCUUCAUCGGGAUUGGCGUCCCUCGGCCACCCGCGUGCCUGCUAUGUCCGUACAUUCUCCGAUCUGUGAAUCUCUGGCAUCAGCUCUAUCAUUACUGUGCUUCAUCUUGUGGAUUUCCCCAUGGAUUGCUGCUUCUUUUAGGAAGAUUGGUUCGAGUGAAUGUAAGGCGAAGCAAAUUUUCCACAUGGCUCCUGAUGUUAAAUAUGGUGCUGGGUAUUCAAGCGCUGCUCGGAACAUUGGACGAGACAAUGAGCUAAAGAGAAGUUCACACCCCCAGCAGAGCUCGAGGAAAGGAAAGGAGAGGAUUUUAUCGCCUCGAGGGACCGAAACUAUCAAGUUCCCGGAGAAGCUAAAGGCAGAAAACUGCCUAGCUCCGCCGUUCAUUCAUCGUCACCGGGAACGAAGACAGGAUGUAGAUGAUCGGGGGGUCCACCAGAAAAUCUUUGAAAGCCGUCCCAGGCAGCCUGUUAAGGGGAUGACUACCGCUGAUGAUGAGCUCGUCAAGCACAUGUCCAAUUUGCCGGCGUAUCUCCAGCGGAUUGAUAGAAGUGACAACUUUCAGGAGAAGGUGUUGAGUGUUGGAGUUCUUGAUUGGACACGCCUGGAGAAAUGGAAGCUCAACCAAAAGGGUGACGUCAAAAGAGGUGGCGCCGUCACUUCGUCAUUUUCUGGUGGUAAUAAGUCGUCGAGUGUCGCGAGGGUGCCUUCUAGCUUACCCACUGCACUCUCCACGAAGACUCCCACCCAGAGAAGUGCUUUGAAGGGUCCUCUUAACUCCAGCCCUUGCUCAUUUCAUAAAGAUGGCGGCAGCCAGUACCUGAAACCAGUUAAAAACAAGGUCACGCACUCUCAAGAUUGUGCGAGUGUUCCAAAGAUACACUUGGACCAUGACAAAAAGAUACUUUCAGCAAGUAGCUCUUCCGGAAGAAAUAGGGCUCAGGUUACAGUUGGUGAGUGUGGGAACAGAAAAGAUUUAAGUCAAGAAAUUGAUUUGAAGACGGUCAAAUCGUCUGCACCUGUCAAGAAAGCAACAGGAUCGAGCAAAGCGGAUGUCCGAAAGACUGAUCAAGAGGGAAGAAAUUUUGCAGAUGCUGGAGCCUCCUCAUUUUCUAAAUUAUCCCGAUCGGGGGAACAAAUGGGCCCUCUUAAUGGUGAAACUAAGGAAAGAGUAGAGAAGGCCCAAGAGUUAGAUGAAGAGGUUUCUCAUCAGCCCCGUCACAGGAAGCAAAAAAGCAUUGUUCUUCUACUACCAAAAAGAUUUCCACAGAGCAUUCCAGAUGUGCUCAAGAAAAAUGAGAAAAGGAUACCAUCUGCUCCCUGUUCGACAGAACCAAAUUGGAGUAGCUUUUCUGAUUCCUUUUCUUCAGGGGAACUUCAUUCAGGGCCUAUAUUCUCGGAAAUUCCGAAGUCGUGCCCACUUCCAUCUCAAGUUGCGAUGCAAAGUGAGACCGUUUCUCCGACAGUUGAGCCAGCAUCAGAUGAGCUUCAAAGUGUUAGACCAUUCAAAUAUGCCAAAAGGCAUGGGUCAAACAGUAAAGCUGCAAGUUUAGAUUUAGCUGCUGAACUGAAAAUUGGGGAACGGGAAAGCCCUGAACAAGAAGCCAGGAGAAGCAGAAAUUCAUCACCAAACCGCAGAUUUAGCUUUAGCUUAGGUCGCAUGACAAGGAGCUUUAGCUUCAAGGAAACAACGUCAGUCCCACAAUUGGGUCCGACCUACAUAAGCGCCAAGUCUGGUCCAGUGACCAAUGAAGAUACUAGUUGUGGCAACAUUUCAAAUCAGGAGAAAGCAAAUUCUUUGACCAGAGGCAGAUCUAGCCCGCUACGAAGAUUAUUAGACCCAUUGCUGAAAUCGAGGUCGAUGCGCUCUCACCAUUCUGCUGAAAAUAUUCAGCCUCUGAAACCAGUGAAUCCUACGGGGCCACUUCUCCAUGAGAAGCAUGAGAAGUUCACUGUCCAAGCUCUUCUGCAGCUCACAAUUAAGAAUGGGAGCCCAUUGUUUAAGUUCGUGGUUGAUAACAGCAGCGACGUUCUUGCAGCGACUGUCUCUAAUUCAGUGUCUGCUCGAAAGGAUGGUUCUUUCAGGAGUUGCACAUUUUACUCGGUUAAUGAAAUUAAAAAGAAGAGUAUUAGUUGGAUUGGUCAAGGCAACAAAGCCAAGGGAGGAGAUUUUGCAUACAAUGUUGUUGGUCAGAUGAAGCUGUCCAGUCCCUGCCUUGAUCGGACCUUGAAGAGCUUGAACCAGCAGAUUAUUACCACAGAGUGUGUCUUGUUCAGUGUUGACUCAAGACAGGCAGAUAAACAGCCAGCAAACUCCAAUCCCAACAAGGAACUUGCCGCCAUUGUGUUCAAGAUCUCUGCUAAUGAAAAUAGUGAUCCAAAUUCUGUCACGGUGAUUCUCCCAGGAGGUGUUCAUGGGGUUCCUGACAAAGGGGAACCUUCACCACUGAUUGAUAGAUGGAAAUCAGGCGGAUCGUGUGAUUGUGGAGGUUGGGAUGUUGGGUGCACAUUGCACAUGCUCUCUAAUCAGAAUAUUUGCCGUAAAAAUGCAAAUAAAUUGAAAAACUGUUCAACCUCGGAUCAUCUCGAACUAUUUGCUCAGGGGGAAGCUCAAUCGAGCAGGCCGAAAUUCAGUUUGACGCCAUUUAGGAAAGGGAUCUACUCCAUCGAAUUUGAUUCAUCGAUGUCUCUUUUACAAGCAUUUUCAAUCUGCGUGGCUUUCAUAAGCUGUCAGGGACUGCCUGGUUCGCCAGAAGCUAAUUGUUUGUCUGGAGUGAACGCACAGCAGGAACCAACUCUCAGCAGAAAUGGAGCUCUGAAGGCCCCCUUGAUAUUCCAGAGGGAAGGGCCCGAGAAAUAUGCACCCUGUCCUCCUCUUUCUCCAGUCGGGAGAGUUUGAGUUCUCGUCUAUAGAAUUUUUAGUUAUCUUCAGCUCGUAAGGAUAUUUAGAGAACAAAUGAGAUUGGAAUCGCAUCUCGUGUCCAUAAUCGCCUAAUGUUCGAGACAGGUCUUCUGAUGUGAAUAUUUACUAUUGGCAGGACACUCGUUCAGUAUUUCUACCUUUUUUAUGCAAGCUGCGCUACUGUACCGGAAUCAAACAAUGUGUAAAGAAAAAUAACAUUGACUAAUAUACGUGUUAUUUAUCUAUUA